CAGCCGAUCGCGGCGCGGCCGAGGUAACUGCUCGGUGCCAUGUCAACCACGGGGGAAGGAGAUCUGGCCUCAGGCGGCCUGGACGGCUCCACAGGCGCGGCGGGAGCGCCGGCCGGAGCGACCGGAGCGGCCAGAGCCGGUGACAGGGCAGACCGCGACUCCGGGCCCCACGGGGACCACGAUGAUUCCGGGUCCCCCCCAGGCGUCGUGGCCUUGGAGGCCAGGAGGGCCGCGGGAGGCCCGGGGGAGGCGGCGGGCCUGGUAGCGGCCCUGGAGGGCGGGAGCUCGGAGGAUGACUCGGACAUCGGGCCGGUCCAGGACGAGGAGGAGGAGCCCCCGGAGGUCCUGGACGCCGAGGUGGAUGCCCACCAGUUCCCCAUGGUUAGCUUCCGCUUCCUGUUCCUGGACCUGGUGCAUUCGCUGCUGCGCCGCAUCUACCACAACGACCACAUCCUGGUGCGGCCCCGCGGCGGCCGCGUGGUGGUGCGGCCCCGGCCCCCCUCGCCCACGGGCUCAGCCAUGCUCCCCGUGCCCCUGGCGCCCGGGGGGCCGGGAGAGGGGCCCGCGCCGAAGGCCCAGGAGCCCGAGGAGCCUGAGGACCCCGAGGAGGACGCCUCCUGGGAGACCCCCGAGGAGGGGCCGGUGGAGGAGGCCGAUGAUGAUAUCAGCGUUUGGGAGAUGGCAGAAGAGACCAGCACUUCUGAGGGUAAGGAGCCGGCCGGGGCGCGGGGGCUGGGGGCCCAGCCUGCGGGACCCCGGCUCAGCGGGGCCUCGGCAGCUGAGGCCUAUGUAUUAUUCUUCACUAAAGGAACAACUAGUUAUCAAUAUGAGAACUCCAGUGAAGAGGCUCAUGGCUCCGAAAGCGAGGGAAAAGAGAAGUUUAACAAAAAACAAGAAGAGCCGGAAAAACAUCAGGACCCAGCAGAGGGCAAGCCCAGAAACCCCAGGAAACCUCAUAGACGGCCCCGCUUGCCUGGAGGCCAGAUGGUGCUGCUGAGCCUGAGCCCAGACAUUGAUUUGGAGCAGUGGUUCUCAAAGUUUGGUCCCCAAAAGAGCAUUAUCAGCAUCACCCAGGAAUUCUUAGGCUCCACUCAAGACCUGUGA